CGAAGUGAAAUACGUCAUUUUCGCUUUAACCAUUUCAAUCGUUUUUUAUUCACUCCUUUUGAAAAGGUGAAAUUAGCUCUACACAUCACUCUGUGUGAAAGUUUAUCUCUUUCGAUACAUAAUUGUGUGAAACAAAAACGGGGAUUUUUGUCUUUUGUUGUUGUAAAACUUGAUUAUUUUUUGGGGUUGGUGCAUUGGUGGCGACUGGUGUAUCGAUUCAAAGUUUGAUUCUCAGUCUAAAAGAUUUCGGUUCAGAUUCAGAUUCACUUUGAUUGUGAUUCAACUUUGCAUGAAAUACUUUUCGUUUUUGAUUUGAUUUGAUUUGAUUAUGCAAGUUGACUUGGUAGUGAUUUAAAAAGAUUGGUUGUGUUUUUUUUUCGUUUUGUUCCUUUUUUUUUGAUUGACUUUGAUCAGAUUACCCCUUUCCUUUGUUUUGGUUUUAAUUUAAUCUUGGUUGAUCUUCAUCACUCUCAUUUUACAAGAACAUCAUCACUUUGACUUUGAUCCUUUGUUUUUGAAAUAACCGAGUCUUGGUGUUUUAUAAAGAUUUGAUUUACAUUUGAUCAAUUUCAAUUUCAUAACUUCACAACAAGAUCAACCACAGCAACCAAUCAAUCAACCAAUCAUCUCAUCUUGGCUUAUUGAUCAUUGCUAUAUCCUUCAUUCAUCAACACGAACCAGCCCCCAAAAAAACCAGUUAACCCCAUACACAACAUAUAAACGAUGGCCAUGGUAUCUCAAUCUCAAACCCAACCUUUCUCUGCUCAAACGAUGGUAGAACUAGACGUAAACUGUCAUCUCAACAAGACUCCUCCACCUGUACCACCAAGAACAUAUACACCAUUAACUCAAGACAUUCGUUUAAAAAUCAGUAAUUGGGUAGAUGAUCAUUACAACCCGAAUGAAAUCACCACAAACGGUACUACUCAUGGUUUGGUCAUCAAAUUACAAAGAGUUUCAUUACAUUUAGAACAAUCUCCACUUCGUCAACGUCGUUUGGCUAAACGGUCUACACCACUCUUAACGAACUUUAAUAAACCGACUUAUCGAAAACCUCGGUUGGUACUUAAACCGGCUUCUAGACCUAGACCUCUUAGAUAAACUUUCACAUCAGUUUUUCGUUUUGAACGGGGAAUUGGUUUGAUUGUAGUAGACUUUUUUUUAGUUUUUCUUUCUUAUAUAUCAAAAGUGGUGUCUUACUUGAAGUUUAAAUAAACUCGGGUUUCUUUUAUCAUUUAUCUUGUGACAGUUCUUUUUCCUAUACUUUUUCUAUAAAGUUUUUAACUUUAUUCUUAAAAAAUCUCUUAGUAGUACUAUAUAGUGAUCUGUAUAAAAUUAUCCAAGUCAUUCCUUCCUUUUAAAAUACCUCUCAUUUUGGUUUCCUAAAAUUCAUGAAUCUUUUUUGUUUUGGAAGUACUUCAGUGAAGUUCUUUUGUUCUUUUGUUUUUGUAUCUCUUUUCCUUUAUCUCUUUCUCUCUUGCUUUUUAUUUUCUUGAAUAAGUAGUAGAGAUUGUAUGUAAUGAUGAUGAGUGUUUUCAACCAAAAAAAAACAAGAAAAAAAUAUAUGAAAUUUUAUUGAAUGAAUUAUUUUCUUGCCAUU